AUGAAAACAGCAAUUAUAUAUAUAGGAGGAUUACUUGAAAAGAUUACAAAACCAUUCUGUGAAUAUUGUUAAUUAAAUUGGGGAUUAGGAGUUGAUACAGAAACUAGAAUAGAAGAUAUUUAUUUAAGAUUUUUAAAAUAAAAAGGAUUAAAGUAAAUUUCAUUGAAUAUGGGAACUGAAAUAGAUGAUUGGUAGAAUUUCUUUCCAAAAUAGUGUAGAUUUAGACCAACUUGUUUUAUUUGUAAUGGUAUUAAGAUUUUAGUAUUAUUUUAGUAUUUAUGGGAGAAGAAAUAUAAAAAGAUAGAGUUAAAUUACAAGGAGAAUAGAAACUAGUAGUUUAGAAAAAUAAGAAUAAGUACACUCUAAAAAAAGUGGCAAAUCUUAUCUUGAUAAUGAUAAAAUUCAUAGAUAUGGCUUAGAAAUUAGCUUUUCAGAAUUAAUGAUGUUAUUAAGGAAUUUAUCACUUUCACUUAAAAUAAAUUAAAAAAUCUUUUUAAAAUGGGUAAGAGAAUCAGAGCACAAAGAAAGGGAAAAUCAAACAGUGUUUUCAAAGCACAUUAAAAUUACAGAGGUCAUAGCUUAAUUGGCAACAGGAAAUGUUCUACCUAUUGGAUAAAUCCCAGAGGGUACAGUAGUUUGCAAUUUGUAAGAACAUCCAGGAGAUAAAGGUGCUAUGGGAAGAGCAACUGGAUGUUAUGCCACUAUUAUUGGUCAUUCAGAUGAUGGAACAAUAACUAGAGUUAGAUUACCAUCUGGUA